ACACAGUCGAGAAAUGACGUACCUCAAGGGGCGCGCAUGACCUGUUGGACUGAAAUAUGUAACGCAGGACUUAGCGGAACAAAUAUCGCCUACUGAAAAGGAAAUGCCCUGUUUCUACAGUCCAGACAAGGUCAACACUGUCCUGAACCCCUGUCCUAGUGAGAGGAACAGACCUAGUGAUGUCCCAACCUGACAGGAAUAUCUAUUCUUCAUUGGAGGGGGGCAUCCAGCCCCCAAAUGUAGGCUUUGGGCAGCCAAGACCACCAGGAUAUGGGAUGACCUUACCCAACACGCAGGGAAUGCCGAACCCAUUUGGGGGGCCAGGGCCUGCUCCAGGGGGGAUGCCCUUCCCCACGCCUGGGGCAUUUGGUCAGCCCAUGUACUCCCAGGGUCAGGAGAACCCAGGAUAUGGGAUGACAUUUGGGGGGCCAGGGCCUGCUCCAGGGGGGAUGCCCUUCCCCACGCCUGGGGCAUUUGGUCAGCCCAUGUACUCCCAGGGUCAGGGGAACCCAGGAUAUGGCACUGCACCUUAUGCUCCCAUGCCUGGGGCCUACGGUCAGGGCUUUGACAACCCAAAUCAUGACCCAAACACUGGUUACCACAGCGAUGAUCAACCCCCAGCCUUUAGUGACAAUAGUUCCUUCUCUCUUGGCUCUGGACUGGACGACAAGACCAUAAGACGAGCCUUCAUCCGGAAAGUCUUCAUGGUGUUGACCGUCCAGCUGAUGGUAACCUUCUCCUUUGUGGCUGUCUUCACCUUUGUGGAGGAAAUCAAAGUGUUCGUCAGGGCCAACACAUGGACCUACUGGGUGUCCUAUGGCAUCUUCUUCGUCUCUCUCAUCACCAUCAACUGCUGUUGAGAGUUUCGCCGCAAACAUCCAUGGAACCUGAUUGCACUCUCCAUCCUGACCCUGGCUAUGUCCUACAUGGUGGGGAUGAUAGCUAGUUUCUACGACACUGACUCCGUCAUCAUGGCCGUGGGCAUCACUGCUGUUGUCUGCUUCACCGUAGUUAUCUUCUCUCUCCAGACCAAGUAUGACUUCACUUCCUGUCACGGUGUGCUGUUGGUCUGUCUGAUUGUCCUGUUGCUCUUUGGCUUCCUCUGCAUCUUCAUCCGCAACAAGAUCCUGGAACUGGUCUAUGCCUCGCUGGGCGCUCUACUCUUCACAUGCUUCUUGGCUGUGGACACUCAGCUGCUGCUUGGCAACAAGGAGAAUGCCCUGAGUCCAGAGGACUAUGUUUUUGCUGCUCUCUCCCUGUACACUGACAUCAUCAACAUCUUCCUCUACAUCCUGUCUAUCGUUGGAAGAGCACGGAACUGAGAGCUUCCUCUAAAGGAUUGA